GCCCCGCAAGAAAGCUUGGCAUCAAAAACAAACGCGCGUGCACGGACACAACUUCUAAUGACUUCGCGUUGUUUACCUAGCAGGUGGACGUGACGUCACGCGGGGGUCGCAGCACGCCAAAAAACAACAACAUCCCCCUCCGCCCGAAUGCCUCCCCGCAUUCUGAUAAGCUAGCCCCCCCUCCAAAAAAGAAGAAAAAACUCGGUGUGUUGAAUCUCGAUGCAAAAAAACAUGCCGCUUCGCGUCACGCGAGCGCAUUCAAACAGGAGCGCGUGUGUUCCCCUCGCGUUUUUUUUUACUGUUGCAUCGAUAAUAACAGCAGCACACUGACCUGAAGACAGCAGCGUGCAGACAAACGCGAGCGGAGGAAUAUCAACAGAGUUUAUUUACGCUAACACUUGUUGUCCUGUUUGGUUGUUAACGCUUUUUAACAGUUGACUCGUAAGCAAGCGAACACGUGCGUGCGCGCGCCUCUCGCUACUUUUUAUCCGCGGAGACAAAAACGAUUGUUUUGAUUUCCUCACACUUGGACUCGUCUCUUCCAAACAAACACGGACAUCAACUGAAAGUUUCCCCUCAGGGAUGAGACCUGGUAUGGCCGUUGCUGAACGCCGUGCAGAAAUCCUCUGAAACCAAAACGAAUUCGGUAUUAAGUCAUGAUGCAGGAGUCGGCCAAUGAGACAAUAAGCAACAGUUCAAUGAGUCAAAAUGGAAUGAGCUGCCUAACCAGCCAAUUAGAUGCUGGCGUUAGAGAUGGAAGAUCAAGUGGGGAGACAAGCAGUGAAGUAAGCGCAGUCGAACUGAUGCAUCUGCAACAACAGCAGGCCCUACAAGCAGCAAGGCAAUUACUCCUACAGCAACCAGGCAGUGGCUUGAAGUCUCCAAAGAACAACGAUAAACAGCGUCCGUUGCAGGUGCCAGUGUCUGUGGCAAUGAUGAGUCCACAGGUGAUCACGCCUCAACAGAUGCAGCAGAUCCUUCAACAGCAAGUCCUUUCCCCACAGCAGCUCCAAGCACUCCUACAGCAACAACAGGCCGUCAUGCUUCAGCAGUUGUUUUUCUGUCCGCAGCAACACCUGCAGGAGUUCUAUAAGAAACAACAGGAACAACUUCAUCUACAGCUUUUGCAGCAACAGCACCCGGGCAAACAAGCGAAAGAGCAACAGCAGCAGCAGCAACAACAGCAGCAGUUGGCGGCGCAGCAGCUGGUUUUUCAGCAGCAGCUCCUGCAAAUGCAGCAACUGCAGCAGCAGCAACACCUGCUCAACAUGCAGCGGCAGGGUCUCCUGUCUAUGCCCCCCGGUCCGGGACAACCCGCCCUCCCCGGACAGACCCUCCCGCCAGCUGGCCUGAGCCCCGCCGAACUCCAGCAACUUUGGAAAGACGUGACUGGCAGCCACACCAUGGAGGACAACGGACUGAAGCACAGUGGCCUGGACCUCACCACCACCAACUCCUCCUCCAAUACCUCCAUCAGUAACCCCAAAGCUUCUCCACCCAUCACUCAUCACAGCAUCUCCAACGGGCAGUCCCCGGCUCUCAACAACCGGAGAGAGAGUGUAGUGCAUGAAGAGACUGGGGCAUCACACUCGCUCUAUGGUCAUGGAGUGUGCAAGUGGCCAGGAUGUGAAAGUAUCUGUGAUGACUUUGGACAGUUUUUGAAGCACCUUAACAACGAACACGCUUUGGAUGACAGGAGCACCGCCCAGUGCCGGGUUCAAAUGCAAGUGGUGCAGCAGCUAGAGAUACAGCUUUCUAAAGAACGCGAACGUCUUCAGGCCAUGAUGGCGCACUUACACAUGAGACCCUCAGAGCCCAAACCAUCACCAAAACCACUGAAUCUCGUCUCCAGUGUAACCAUGUCAAAGAACCUUCCUUCUGUCUCGCCUCCCAUCUUACCUCAGACGCCCACCACGCCCACCGCUCCCAUCACGCCUCUUUCUCAGAUGCCCCAGGUUCCCUCCGUUCUCAGUCCCGCCAACGUACCCAGCAUGGGCGCCAUGCGCAGACGUCACACUGACAAAUACUCCAUGGCCUUAUCUUCAGAGAUAGCCCCAAACUACGAGUUUUACAAGAACGCAGACGUCAGACCUCCGUUUACUUAUGCAACCCUCAUCAGGCAGGCCAUCAUGGAGUCGUCCGACAUGCAGCUGACGCUAAACGAAAUCUACAGCUGGUUCACACGCACGUUCGCCUACUUCAGACGCAACGCAGCCACCUGGAAGAAUGCAGUUCGGCACAACCUCAGCCUGCACAAGUGUUUCGUACGGGUGGAGAACGUCAAGGGCGCCGUGUGGACCGUGGACGAAAUGGAAUAUCAAAAGCGUAGAUCUCAGAAGAUCACAGGGUACACAAAUACAAACACACACACAUGUAUAUUUAAAAGCAGUAUAGAUGCUAAUGCUUUGAUUCGGUUUGUUGUGUUCAGGAGCCCGACACUGGUGAAAAAUCUGCCGUCUAGUCUUGGUUACGGUGCGGCUCUCAACGCAAGCUUACAGGCAGCACUGGCGGAGACCUCUUUGCCAUUAUUGGGUAAUCCAGGAUUGAUGAACAGCAGCGCAUCAGGUUUGAUGGGAGCCAGCCCACCAGGACUUAUGAGUGGCAGUCCAACCAGCCUAUUUCACGGCACCACACACGAAGAGCUCAACGGCUCACUCGAUCACCUGGACACCAAUGGACACAGCAGCCCUGGUUACUCCCCGCACACCCAUCUGCCUCCAAUUCACGUCAAGGAGGAGCCGCUCAACAUGGACGACGACGACUGUCCGAUGUCAUUGGUGACUACGGCCAAUCACAGUCCUGAGCUGGACGAGGACAGGGAGCUUGAGGAGGGCAACCUAUCGGAUGACCUGGAAUGACUAUUUUGCCCCACCCCUCCGCUGGGGCUCCGCCUCUUUCAGGCCCCGCCCUUCAACUAACCCGCAACCACAGAAAAGACUUUGAAUCGGAUGGGGGAGUAUUUAUUUCGCAUGCAUCUGGAGACUGGCCCGAAGAAAAUCUAUACUGCGGAUCUUUAGGGACCACAGAUGGACAGACAUGAAUCGUCUGCUUUUUAAAACAAAACAAAGGACAAGAUUUCAUCCGAAUCGGCCACCUCACACAACACACGGCUCACGGACCGAAAAGACGCGAGCGCAGGAGCGGGGUCCGUUCUGUAGAAAGCUAACGGCCACAUAUACUGCCAAAAAAUACGUUUUGAGUUUGUGAAUAUCCAAGCCACAGUAGACGUCGAUGUUAGAUGCAAUUGCUGGUUCAAUUCAAGUUGUUGCUCUGUUCUUUUUUUGCACAUGAGUAGUAUCAAAAAUUUGUGUCACUGCCUGUAUGUCAACGAAAGGAGAAAAAGCAGUAUUGUGUUUUUUUUUUUGUUCGUUUGUUUGUUUUUACCUCCUGCACCCAGCUUACAUUCGUUUAAAGUCAUCUCUGCACCACCACCAACAACUGUAAAUGGCAUUUAUAAAGUCACGAAUAACACAACCAUGGUACAAAGACUGUUCCAAAAAAGUACAAAAAAAUAGGUCUCCAGUCUCACUAGCUUUGUUUCUGCUGAAAGGUGUAACGUGAUUUUGUGCGAGCACAAAAAAAAGCAUAUUCUUUACUCGUUUUGAAGCUUUGUCUACCUGCAAACAGUCACAGGCAACAGCUAGAAACCAAAGCCAACACUAUCAACGGCCAAUAGCUUAGACAGAAGCCCCGAGACUCUUUGGUGUCAGGCCUCUGUGACUUUAACUAGUACAAAGAGAAGCUUUUUUCCACUAACUACCUUCGAAUAACCUCUGGGAUCGUCUCCUUUAGCCCUGUACAAAGAUAAAAUGAUGUAAUUUGAUUGACGGAUGGAGAGCUCUAUCCUUAUGAUGAUGCUGGUCAACCCUGUUGACUACUGGGUAGAAAGAGCAGCUAUAAACAGAUCAUGACCAAAACAACCAUUUGUGUAUCAGUGGAAAUGCAGAUAAAAAAAAACAAAUGUUGUGAAUUUUUCA